AUGGCCCCUGGCAACUCCAUCUGGAUUGAGCAUUGGAAUAAUUUUGACUACAAAAUGAUUUAGUAAAGCUAAGUUGCAAGGAUUCUCAUCAUCAGAUAAGAAAUCAAGUAUUCCAUUUAGUACAUGGCUAGAGGGUACUUCACCAGGAUGCACUCUAGCAGACAAAAAUAUAGUAGGUUUAGUUGCCUUAUAAGGCCUACAGUCAUUUGUCAAUGCUGUUGGAAACAGUUUAUCGAUCUUAGGCUCUCAUUGAAAAGUCAGAUUUUUAAAGGAGGUGAAGGUUAGUAAAUCUAUCCUCCUUCCAUCGAGAGAAGUGUUUGCUAAUUCUCUAACAAAAUAAAUCCUCGUACUAGAUUGAAGCUUUCUCUCAAGACUGGAUAAUUUAGCUUAGCACUCUUAAUAGCUAAAUGGCUCACAAAAUGCAAAGUAAGUUUACUCAAUAGAAUCAUUUUAAAAGAAAUGCGUCCAGGUUAUCUCAAAAUGUUCCUUGCUAAAUUUUUAGUGAAUAACAUCACAUUGGAUGGGCAACCAUUUUGUCUAGCUUCGAGGCAAAACUCUAUAAAACGUGAACAUUAAUAAAGUAUCUCUUGGAACACCUUAUACAUUAAAAUGAAACCAAGCUCUAUUCAUAAUAAAAAUUUAAGAAAUCUUUUUGAAAAUACCUGUAUGUUGGGGCUUGGACAACUUCAUAAGCAUCAUCACAUAUAUACAAAUCAAACUUCAGAAUUUUAUUCUAUAAUGGAGGAGGAUUUAAUUUUGAUGCUGAUCAAAUUAUUACCUAAUUCAAGUUAUCUGGAUUAGGCACAACAUCCAUAAGGUUUCCAGAGUCAAAUUCACUGCUGA